AUGGCUGCUGCAUACGCCUGCUCAGCGUGCCAUCGGCUGGCCCGCGGGUGCGCUCCCUGCGGGUGGCAAUCUCCGCGCACACCAGCAGGUCGGCGCUCCCCUCGCUCCUACGUAACCUCGGCAAUCAGUGCGCAGCUGCUGCUGGAUGCCCCGACGGUGCAGGCCUCGACCGCUCUGGCAGCAGCGGCGGCGGGUCCAGCCGCCGCCGCUUCCGCCGCUCAGCCGCUGUUCCAGCUGUCGGCGGCGGGCCUGUUUGAGCUUGUCAACCAAGCCAACGACCUGGUAGCCCAGCAGCUCACCGGACUGACGCCCAUCAGCUUUGCCAUCGUGCUGGGGGCCGGCCUGCUGACGAGCCUGUCGCCCUGCACCCUCAGCGUGCUGCCACUCACCAUUGGCUACAUUGGAGGCUACUCUGGCGGCAGCAGCGGCAGCAGCAGCAGCAGCAGCAGCAGCGGCGGCGGCGGCGGCAGCAGUAGCAGCGGGUCUGACAGCAGCCUGCUGCUAAGGGCGGGGGCAUUCUCAGCCGGGCUGGCCACCACCCUGGCGGCGCUGGGGGUGGCGUCAUCACUCCUCGGCGGCGCAUACGGCCAGAUUGGGGACGGGCUGCCUAUCGCGGUCAGCGUGGUGGCUGUGGCCAUGGGUUUGAACCUGCUGGAGGUCCUGCCGCUGCGCCUGCCCUCCCUGGACCUGGAUGUGCGGCAGCUGGCGGUACCGCCCGCGGUACAGGCCUACCUGGCAGGCAUGACCUUUGCCCUGGCGGCCAGCCCCUGCAGCACACCCAUCCUGGCCACCCUGCUGGCCUAUGUCAGCACCACCAGGGACCCAGUGACCGGCGGCGCGCUGCUGUUUGCCUACACGCUGGGCUACGUGGCGCCGCUGCUGGCAGCCGCGCUGUUCACAGGAGCCCUGCAGCGCAUCCUGUCGGUGCGCCAGUGGAGCGCGUGGAUCAUGCCGGCCAGCGGCGUGCUGCUGCUGGCCGGGGGGACCUACGGCCUGCUCACGCGUCUGGUCCCAGCCUGA